AUGGAUAAUACUUUAGUAUCAGCCGUAAAGAACAACAAGGUUUUUGAGGUUGAAGGUUUCCUAGCUGCGGGAGCUUCUCCAGAUGAGUGUGAUUAUGAUGGAUGGCCUGUGCUGGCUAGGGCUUGUGACAAUUGCUACAGGUCUAUUGUUGAAUUACUAGUAAAGAAGGGAUCAAAUGUUAACAAAGCUACAAGAUAUGGAUGGACUCCUUUAAUGAGAGCAGCAUAUCGAGGUGAUGAUUCAAUCAUUGAUAUGGUAUUAUCAGCUAAUGCUGAUGUUAAUCUGACGAGUGAGGAUGGCCGGACAGCAUUGCAUUGUGCUGCUAUUAACAAUCACUCUAAAGUCGUUAGUAUUCUGUUGAAGAAUGGAUGUGAUAUGGGUAUAAAAGACAAUGUAAGACAUGCUGAUGUAAAAUGA